CGAUAGGUCACGUUCUAUGGCCAAAGUAGACCGACCUGUGGCGUUUCUUGUGCCACUAUUUGAGAAGACGCCGAGGAAUCACCACACAGACACACAUCAUGUUUCAGGUUCUACUCACAUUCUCCGUCGCCCUUGUGGCCAGUGCCCAGAUAUGUUGUGUACCAAAACAAUGGGAGGGUGUACAGGGAAACGUGAUGGCUAUCAGUCAACCUAACACCGUGGAACCAACCAUUGUGUCGACAUCCUACCUGAUGUCGUAUGAUGCCACGAACCAGCGUGUUGCUACCAUAAAGUCGGUCAGCUCAGGAAACUUCACCAGCACUAACGGGGUUAUCCUCGACUACGCCAACGGUAUCCAAUACACCGUCGAGGGACCCAGAUGUACCAAAACUACUCUAGGACCUUUCAUUGAAAGUUGUAUCCCGUCUGAUGCCCACAAUGAUGGAGCUACAUACUAUGGUGCAUUUUCGCCACUCAACGUAACUGCAUACUCUUACGUUAAAAGCGGUUUCCAGGUGUAUUCAACAGUGACGACAGACACGUGCGCACCAGUACAAGAAGUGCUUUUCGGUGAAUUCGGAGGCACCCGGUAUAUGCAGUCUCUCGGCUACAGUAAUAUCACCCCUGGUAUCAAAGACCCAAUGGUGUUCAUGCCCCCAACUUUCUGUGACGAUGUCCCCCUUAUCAAAGCCAAUCUCCCUGGUAUGCCAAUGGCCUAAGCUGUGGGCUUCACCAACUUCAUAAGUUCACCUCAUAGAUAUCGCGUUCAUUGUUUUCGUCUCAUGGUGAAUAAACAUCAUUUUACACGUU